UGAUUGACAGCUGUCAAUCCCCGCAGGCGCCGAGGAUCCCCUGAGCUUCCGCCCCGCCCCUUCCAACAUGGCGGCGCAGGAGGAAGAGGAGGAGCAAGGCCAAGGGGGCGGAGCCAAAGCCCCGGGGCUGGGCGGGGGGCGGCGCUACGUCCCGCCCCGGCUGGUGCCCGUCAGCUGCGACCCGGUUCCCGAUCCCGAAUCCCGAUCCCGGCUCCGGCUCCGGCUCCGGGCUUUGAACUCGGCCGCGCUCCGGGAGCUGCGCCAGGAGUUGGGGGAGGGGCCCCUGGAGGUGGGGGAGGGGCUGCACCCCCCGCACCGGGAGGAGCUCCAGAGGCGCCGCUGGGAGGAGUCGAUGCUGCAGCGCCUCAGCGCCCCCUGCCGGCGGCGCCGGGGGGCGGGGCCUGACCUCGAUGACGUCACCAACUUCGGGGCUUUUCCCGCCCUUUUGGGAGCCAAUCAGGAAUCGUCGGAGCCGCCGCGGAAAAAGAGAAAAAAACCCAAAAUGGGGAAGAAAAAAGGGAGAAAAGGUUUCCGCCGUCGCCGCUGAAUUCUCCAAUAAAAACCCGUGGCCUCAUUUGCAUCUCAUUUGCAUCUCA